CCAAAGAGUAUGAUCGAGUCACGAGUGAAAUCGCGCCUUGGGUUCAUCAUUUCUACCGUCCACGUUUUGUUGCUCCUUGCCCUACUAGUGUAAGUCGUGAAGUAGGAAAGAGAGCCACUAUCAGUAAGCUGUGAGAGAGCAUUAAAAGUUCCCUCCAUAACCUAGAAAACUUACGUGUUCGAUUUUGUGAAGUUCGGAAUGUGGUUUUUCAAUAACAAAUCAACGCACUUACCUAAGCCACAAGGUAAAUACGUACCAGGAUGCGUAGACGUAAUGUUGGACUACUCAAAGGAAGGUCUUUUUAUGAGGCUGUACUACCCAACGAGUUCUAAACAAGAACAGACACCAAAUCCAUCCAAAUGGCCAGUAUGGACCCCCGACGAUGAUACAAUAGACGGUAUUUCCCAGGCUAUAUUUCUAAAACCUUUUAUUCUUCGGUUUAUAACACGAUUGUUCUACGCUAGCAAGGUGUAUAGCCCCGCAUUAUUUGGCGAAAAAAUAAAUACCGAGAAUAAAUUGAAGUGCAUUAUAUUAUCUCAUGGUUAUGCGAGCAACAGAUACUUUUAUAGUGUGAUAUGCAAUGAGUUGGCGUCGCGGGGAUAUUUAGUGGCUGCUAUUGAACACAGAGACAACUCAUCAUGCUUCACAUACUACUACAAUAGCAAGGAGGAUGUAGAAAACGAUGUCAAAACGCCCAUACGAGUUCGACAGGUUCACGUGGGACAUUAUAUGGAGAGGAACAAGCAAGUCAACCAUCGCGCCGACGAAUGCAGCAGGUUACUGGAUUUUCUAAUUAGGCUUAAUGGCGGCGAAGUUCCCUUCAACAUAUUGGACGACUUAAACAAAAAUCUCGACUUUAAGCUGAGCGAUUUGGUGGGACGUCUGGAUUUGGACUCGCUGACGAUUGCCGGACAUUCCUUUGGAGGGGCGACCGCCCUCCUCGUUCUGUCAAAACGUAAAGAACUGAAGCGAGGAAUACUUCUGGAUCCGUGGAUGUUUUCGAUCAAAGGCGAAAAGUCGAUAGUGGAAGGUACGACGCAACCGUUGCUCUUUGUUAAUACGCAAACGUUCCACAUAUCUGCGAACGUGAAGGCGAUGGAGAAAUAUUUGAUAAACGCCGACCGGCAUAUGUUUACAAUUGUUGGCACCACCCACGAAACUCACACCGAUUCAGUACAUGUCAUGGGUUAUUGGUUAAACUGGUUCAUGAAGAAGUUGCACCCAAAGAUAGCGAUCGAUAUUAACAAUGGACUUAUGUUACGAUUUUUGAAACAUUAUACGUCGCAUGAUGAGAAUAUCGAAGAUAUGGAAAAGUGCUUAGAAGUGGAAAGGGCCAAUAUAGUACCUGGAUUGACUAGACCAUGGGCGUAGCUUCGUUAUUCUACGUAUUUUGUAUUAUGCGAGUAUAAAAAGUGGUAAUGGAAAUAUUUUAUUGGGUUGUUUCGGGAAUGUUUGAAUAAAUAAAUGUGAUAUUUA